ACUACACAACAGGGGACCGCGUGCUUCACUUACUCUUAGAAGACGGAACCAUCCAGGACCUUUGCCACCUCUGCGAAAUCCUGACAUACUUGUUGGUGAAAAUGACCUCACAGCACUUAGUUAUCUCCAUGAACCUGCUGUUCUACACAAUCUUAAAGUUCGUUUUGUGGAGUCGAAACUUAUCUACACUUAUAGUGGAAUAAUUUUGGUAGCAAUGAACCCCUAUAAACAGUUGCCAAUAUACGGGGAUGCCAUUAUACAUGCAUAUAGUGGGCAGAAUAUGGGGGAUAUGGAUCCACAUAUAUUUGCUGUGGCAGAAGAGGCUUACAAGCAAAUGGCAAGAAACAACAAGAAUCAGUCUGUUAUAGUCAGUGGAGAAUCAGGAGCUGGAAAAACUGUGUCUGCUAGGUAUGCUAUGAGAUACUUUGCCACAGUCAGUAAGUCCAACAGCAAUGCACACGUGGAGGAUAAAGUACUCGCCUCCAACCCAAUAACAGAGGCUGUAGGCAAUGCGAAAACCACACGCAACGAUAAUAGCAGUCGGUUUGGGAAGUACACUGAAAUUAGUUUUGAUCAGAGACAUCAAAUCAUUGGAGCCAACAUGAGGACAUACCUGCUUGAGAAAUCCAGAGUUGUCUUUCAAUCAGACAAUGAACGAAAUUACCACAUAUUCUACCAGCUGUGUGCUUCUGCUCUGCAACCAGAAUUUAAGCAUCUUAAAUUGGGGCCUGCAGAAGAUUUUAAUUAUACAAGAAUGGGUGGCAGCACAGUUAUUGAAGGAGUUGAUGACAGAGCAGAUAUGAUAGAGACUCAGAAGACAUUCACUCUACUAGGUCUGAUGGAGGAUUUUCAGAUGGAUGUUUUUAAAAUACUGGCGGCCAUCCUACACUUGGGCAAUGUGCAAAUAACAGCUGUUGGUGAUGAAAAAUCUUCAGUCAGUCUGGAGGAUAAACAUCUCAAUAUAUUCUGUGAACUUCUGGAUUUAGACAGUGACAGAGUGGCACAAUGGUUGUGCCACCGAAAAAUUAUCACUGCCUCAGAGACUGUAAUAAAGCCAAUGACAAAACUUCAAUCUCUUAAUGCAAGGGAUGCCUUGUCAAAGAAGAUCUAUUCUCACCUGUUUGACUUCAUUGUGGAAAGAAUUAACAAUGCUUUGCAUUUUUCUGGAAAGCAGCACACUUUUAUUGGUGUUUUGGACAUUUAUGGAUUUGAAACUUUUGAUGUGAACAGCUUUGAACAGUUUUGCAUCAAUUAUGCUAAUGAAAAACUGCAACAACAAUUUAACCUGCAUGUCUUUAAACUGGAGCAAGAGGAGUAUAUGAAGGAAGACAUCCCAUGGACUCUAAUAGACUUUUAUGACAAUCAACCAGUCAUUGACCUUAUUGAAGCUAAAAUGGGCAUUUUAGACCUGCUAGAUGAAGAGUGCUUGUUACCUCAGGGGACUGAUGAAAAUUGGCUCCAAAAGCUCUAUAACAAUUAUAUCAACAAGAACCCACUCUUUCAAAAGCCCAAAAUGUCAAACACGUCUUUUAUUAUCCAGCACUUUGCUGAUAAGGUUGAGUACAAAUCUGAAGGAUUUCUGGAAAAAAACAGAGAUACAGUGUACGAAGUAUUGAUUGAAAUUUUGAGAAACAGCAAGUUUCAUCUGUGUGCAAACUUUUUUCAAGACCAGCAAGUGCCCAUUUCACCUUUCAGAUCAACUAUAAAAGUCAAAUCUGCAAAAACGGUGGUCAAGCCACCUAACAAACAGUUCCGGACCACAGUUGGCAGUAAGUUUCGCAGUUCUUUGUAUUUACUUAUGGAAACACUUAAUGCAACGACGCCUCACUAUGUACGAUGCAUAAAGCCGAAUGAUGAGAAGUUACCAUUCGAGUUUGACUCAAAAAGGGUGGUGCAGCAACUGCGAGCAUGUGGUGUAUUGGAAACUAUUCGAAUUAGCGCCCAGAGUUAUCCAUCCAGGUGGACGUACAUAGAAUUUUUCAGCCGUUACAGCAUUCUCAUGACACAGCGUGAACUCUCCUUAAGUGACAAGAAGGAGAUUUGCAAGAUCGUUUUGCAGCGACUAAUCCAGGAUCCUAACCAGUAUCAGUUUGGGAGAACAAAAAUUUUCUUUCGAGCAGGGCAGGUUGCUUAUUUAGAAAAACUGCGGUCAGACAAAUUGAGACAAGCAUGCAUCAUGAUCCAAAAGAAUGUUCGAGGCUGGAGUCAACGGAAGAAAUUCCUCCGUAUAAAACAAGCAGCUGUUACAAUACAGCAGUACUUCCGUGGACAGCGGACUGUACGACAAGCUAUUACUGCUACAGCUCUAAAGCAAGCGUGGGCUGCAAUAACUAUUCAGAAGUACUGUCGAGGGUAUCUAGUCCGUAAACUUUGCCAACUCAUCCGGGUGGCUGCUAUAACAAUUCAAGCCUAUGUGCGAGGAUUUCUAGCAAGGAAGAAAUUCCGAAAGAUGCUCAAGGAACAUAAGGCUGUAAUCCUUCAGAAGUAUGCUCGUGCUUGGCUUGCAAGACGCAGAUUUCAGAAUAUUCGGCGGUUUGUGUUGAAUAUCCAGCUUUCAUACAGAGUUCAGCGAUUGCAAAAGAAACUAGAAGACCAGAACAAAGAAAAUCAUGGCUUAUUGGAGAGACUCACUAGCCUGGCUUCAACUCAUGCGAAUGACCUAGAUACAAUCCAGAAACUUGAAGUAGAGCUUGAAAAAUUAGCGGCACAAAAGAGAACCUCUGAGGAAAAAGGGAAGAAAUACAAAGAAGAGACUGAACAGAAACUCUCAAAACUUGAAAAACUGAAUACAGAAUUGCAAGAACAGAAAACGUUCUUUGAGCAGAAGGUCCAAGAGAAAACUGAGGAAAUGAAAGAUAAAAUGGAUGACCUCACAAAACAGCUGUUUACUGAUGUACAGAAAGAAGAAAGACAAAGAAUAAUGCUUGAGAAAAAAUUCCAAAAUGAGAAACAAGACUAUGAAAAAGAGAUCAAGUCAUUAAAGGAAGAAAUUAAGAUGCUCAAAGAAGAAAAAAGUAACCUGCAACAUAAAAUUCAGGAAGAACAUCAUAGUCAGGAUGGCUUAAAACUGGAAGUAGGAGAACUUAAAAAACAGGCAACGAUGAUACCUGAAUUGCAAAAGGAAAUUGAACUGCUUCAGACUCAGAAAAUGGAUGUGGAAAAGCAGGUCCAAUCCCAGAAGCGAGAAAUGAGAGAAAAAGUGUCAGAAGUUGCAAAACAAUUUAUUGAGAGCUAUGAUGUGGAGGAGGUAAGAAGCAGGCUGACCCCAGAAGACUUGGAACAUUUAAACGAAGAUGGAGAACUUUGGUUUGCUUAUGAGGGUCUGAAAAAAGCCACAAGAGUGUUAGAAAGCCAGUUCCAGUCUCAGAAAGAGAACUAUGAAAAGGAGAUUGAAGCUUUGAACUUUAAAGUUGAACAUCUUAGUCAAGAAAUUAUCCAUUUACAAAAGUUGUUCAGGGAAGAAAAUGACAUAAAUGACAGUAUCCGACUUGAAGUUAGCAGACUAACAUCAGAAAAUAUGAUGAUCCCAGACUUCAGACAACAGAUUUCUGAACUUCAAAAGCAAAAGUUGGAUCUUGAACAUCGCCUUCAAGGACAAGUUUCAAAGAUGAAAGAAAAAAUGGAAGAAAUGCCUAAUCAGGAGCAAAACAAUCAGACAGAGAAAGGUCAAAGGAAAAGACUGGAAGACCAGUUUGAAAUACACACAAAAGAAGAAGAGAAGCAGAUUAUCACAGUCCAAGAAAUUCAAGAGAUAAACAAUCAUCUAAAGAAGCAACAUGAAAUUGAGAAUGAAAUAAAGAGCAUGAUGAAGCAGGAGGCAUCUCAUCUUACUGCAGAAAACAUGGAUCUUGAAGAACAGUUAGACAUGAAAGACAGAGUAAUAAAAAAGCUACAGGAUCAGAUCACGACUCUUACCAAGACUAUUGAAAAAGCCAAUGAUACACGUGUGCCAGCUGUGCCUAAAGAGUACAUCGGAAUGAUGGAGUACAGAAAGGAAGAUGAAGCAAGAAUUAUUCAAAAUCUGAUCCUUGAUCUGAAGCCACGCGGAGUGGUAGUAAACAUGAUUCCGGACCUACCAGCUCACAUCCUGUUCAUGUGUGUGAGAUAUGCAGAUUAUCUGAAUGAUGGUGGCAUGCUGAAAUCUUUCAUGAGUAUAACCAUUAAUGGUAUCAAACAAGUUAUUAAGGAACAUGCUGAAGAUUUUGAGAUGUUGUCCUUUUGGCUUUCCAAUACAUAUAAUUUUCUUAACUGUCUGAAACAGUACAGCGGAGAAGAGGAAUUCAUGAAGCAAAAUACACCACGUCAGAAUAUGAACUGUUUGAAGCACUUUGAUCUUUCAGAAUACAGACAAAUUCUUAGUGAUUUGGCCAUUCGUAUCUAUCACCAAUUCAUUCUUGUAAUGGAGAAUAACAUUCAGCCAAUGAUAGUACCAGGCAUGCUUGAAUAUGAAAGUCUCCAAGGAAUUUCUGGCUUGAAACCUACUGGAUUCCGUAAACGUUCUUCUAGUAUAGAUGACACAGAUACCUACACAAUGACCUCCAUCCUGCAACAACUCAGCUAUUUUUAUAGCACAAUGUGCCAGAAUGGCUUGGACACAGAGCUUCUAAAGCAGGCAGUGAAACAGCUUUUCUAUCUGAUUGGCGCUGUCACCCUUAAUAGUCUUUUCCUCCGCAAGGACAUGUGCUCUUGUAGGAAAGGAAUGCAGAUAAGAUGUAACAUCAGCUACUUAGAGGAAUGGCUUAAAGAAAAGAACCUACAGAGCAGUUCUGCCAAGGAAACUUUGGAGCCUCUCUCUCAGGCAGCUUGGCUCCUUCAGGUCAAAAAGAUCACAGAUGAUGAUGCCAAGGAGAUAUAUGAACGCUGCACAUCCCUGUCUGCAGUGCAGAUAGUAAAGAUCCUCAAUUCCUACACUCCUAUAGAUGAUUUUGAGAAAAGAGUGUCUCCAUCAUUUGUUCGUAAAGUCCAGGCCAUGCUCAAUAAUCGAGAGGAUAUUCCACAAUUGAUGCUAGAUACCAAGUAUCUCUUUCAAGUGACAUUUCCUUACACCCCAUCCCCACAUGCCUUGGAAAUUGUACAAAUCCCUAGCAGUUUCAAACUUGGCUUUCUCACAAGAGUGUGAUACAAAAAUUAAAAAGGAUUUGCCACUUGUCUCCAAAGACUAAAUGACUUAUGGCUCAUUUUCCCACAAUGGGGAUAUAAUGCAGCAGCUCGCUGUGGAAUAUACUUUUAAAAACUACUCUGGAAUCAGGACCUCAGUAGUAGGUAGAAAGCAUAUGCCAGCCUACAAAUCCCGCCUUCCUUUUCUUAGUAUUGUUCAUUCUUCAUUGCAUUUUUACAAAGGGCAUACCAUAUCCAGCAACUACACACCUAUAUUUUUGGAACCCUACGAAGAAGCCUAUAUUUGAAACAAAUUUGUAUUGGUGCUCCAUGUUCAUUGAUAAAUCAGCAGUUGGGGAACAACAUGCUCAAUCUGUUUUGCCAUUGUAACUACUAUGUUAUAAUCUGUCAUGGUGCUGUUUUCUCUCACAUGUGAGAUGUUUUCCCUAGGAGUCCUUCUCUCUGGCUUGAAAUGUUGGAUUUAUUUUGCAUCAGUUUUCACCCAGUUAUAUUUCUUGUGGCAUUUUUCCACCUGUGAAGUCUGCCUGUUUAACAACAAACACCACCAACAAUACAGUUGUCUGUUUUGUGCCCACAGAAGAGUGGAGCAAUACCCAGUUAACCUUUCACGUCUCUAGACCCAGUCCUGCUAACACUUAUUGCAGAGGGUUGUGUUCACCAUGGGUGGUAAGUCAGUGGGUACUUGCGGCAAUGGCUCUAAGGUGACUUGCAAAGCAUUUGUGCAAAUUUGAGAAGAGAGGUGAAGGUGGGGGCAGAGGUAUUUCCUUUUUAAACUUUCUCCAAGAGAAAAGGGUGACAUAGGCUGAGGUGAGGAGGAAGCCACUAAAGAGGAUCUAGGUUGGUGGGGGGAGGGGGAAUGAAUCUUCCUCCUCAGUUCCAGACUCAGACAAAGGUCAGGCCUUACAGGGAAGCUGGAUAGCCAGAAGUAUGCAAAAGGGUGAUGCUAGCAGCUGUACUACUAGUCUCCUAGCCAGCUCCUUGCGCAUGUACCUACUACUCUGAAAGUAGUGACUGAAUACAGCUACCCUGGAAUGUCUGUGUUCACAGAUGCAAUGUGAUUUCUUAGUAUUUGUUCAUAUUUAUUUCAUUUAGACUGUAUGCUCCUUUGGGGCAGGGACCAUGUUUCUAUGCUCUAUGCUGCAUCACACCCACAGUCAGCACACUACAAAUAAUACGUAAUAAUAAUUUAUUUAACAACGUAUCCUGUAAAAAUUAUUGACUAGUGGUAUUCAGACACCCUGGAAACCUAGACAGAUAAUGAUGUUUUACUAAUCAGUGUAUUAGAGCUAAGUCAUAGAAAUGAAUAAAUGGUCAAGGACCAAUUUUAAUUGCAUUGAUAUAUUUAAGUAGAUUUUGACUUAAUUUAAUUAAUUUAAACAUUUUUGUAAUGUUUUGCUGUAGCAUUUCUGCACUUCGUUAAUUUUGCACAACUGCAUAUAUGAAUUUAAACAUGGAAUCAGCUUUGAUAUUUACUAAUAUGGAUAGUGAUAUAUGAAAAGCACAUAGAGAAAGAAUGGUAUAUAUAUAUUUUAAUAGCAUUAAAGUAGUAUGCAUAAUAUCCUAAGCACAUAGGUAGCAUAACAUUUUCAACAUGUUAAAUAUCUCUGACAUUACUUUAAAAUCACUUACGUUUUGUAAUAAAGUUAUUUUAUGUUUUAAUGCUAAAAUGUUUCAAAGAAGUCUCUUGAAAUUGUAAGGCUGGGUGGAUACGGUAGGUCAUGCAUUAACUAUUAAGUCUCCAUUUGUAUGGUACAUCAAUCACUGACUGCAGCAUAGAAUUUCAGUAUCUGAAAUUCAUGGUGU